AUGCUGAUUGUUCGGAGCCUUUGGGCAUUUGGGGAGCUUAAGCGAUCCACGUGUCAAUGGAUGAGUGGAGGAUCAGAUAUGGUACAAACAGAAGAGUUGCAUGAUAAACUCAUUGACUUCGAGAGCGCAAUCAAGCGCCAUGACACUCCUCCUGAACCUCUUGUUGUCACUGCAAAUAAUACCCAGCGAACCAACUCCAACCGUUCCUUUCACAAGGGUUCUACCACAUCCCAUGGCUACAGGCCACCUUCUCAGCAACGUGGCAUUCUUGGCCUCGACAACUCUUCUCCGCACACUUCCCGUCCAUUCUCCGGCCAGCGUCGCUCCUUCAAUCAACCAGGCCACUGUUACAAAGCCACCAGUUGGCUCAUCGACUCUGGCGCUUCUCAUCAUGUGACCCCUGAUCUCGCCAACCUUUCUCUCCACACCAAUUAUGAAGGUCCUGACUCGGUUGUCAUUGGUAAUGGUUCAGGCAUGGGCAUCACCCAU